AUGGCCCAGACCGCGUCGGCCAUGGAAUUGUUUCUCGACACCGACGAAAGCCGCAACGCAACCUUUGUCGGAUCCGUGAUUUCCGCCGCACCUAAGGCUACCACGUACCUAGUUAGGGGAUUGGCUGACCCCAACUGCACCGUCGAGCGGACCCCUCCCGCCAGCCACACAAAGGUCUACUGCCCAGCUUCAGACAUUGGAGCCCCCCGGCACCACUGGCGCCAGGCUCUCCAGGACCCUCUUGGUGUCGGCCGACGUGUCCUUGACGAUGCCGAUGAGCGGUCUGAACUCUCGGGCGUGCCCGCGUACCCCACGCACUCGCACAGCCAGCUCUCGCUCGUCAUGGCCGUGACGCCCUCGGUGCGCAGCCGCGCAGGAGCCAACGCCAGUGGCAGCUCCUAG